CAGCGCAGCGCACCGAAGCGCAGCCCCGGCUGGCGGAGCCAUGUCUGUGAACCUGAGCAAGAACGGCCCUGCGCUCGCAGCUGCCUACAAGGAGGUGGUGGACGAGAAAUCCGACACCAACUGGGCCUUGUUUACGUACGAGGGGAACAGUAACGACAUCCGACUGGCGGAGAAGGGCGCUGGGGGGCUGGAGGAGCUCGCGGAGGAGCUGAACAGCGGGAAGGUGAUGUACGCCUUCUGUCGCGUCCAGGAUCCGAACUCUGGCCUGCCUAAAUACGUGCUCAUCAAUUGGAUCGGUGAAGGGGUCAAGGAUGCCAGGAAAGGACUGUGUGCCAAUCAUGUCAGCGCCAUGGCCAAUUUUCUGAAGGGGGCGCACGUGACAGUUAACGCCCGGACGGAGGAGGACGUGGAGCCGGAGGCCAUCAUGCAGAAGGUGGCCAAGGCCUCGGGGGCAAGCUACAGCUUUCACAAGGAGCCCAGUCGCUUCCAAGACCCCGGCCCCCAGGGGCCAGUGGGUUCUGUCUAUAAGAAGACCAAUGCCAUGUCAGAAAUCAAAAGGACCAAUAAGGACACUUUCUGGGCGCAGGCUGAGAGAGAUGAAGAGACGCGUCGCCAGGAGGAGCGCAGGAAGGCACAGGAGGAGCGCCAGAGGCUGGAACGUGAGCGCAAGGAGAGGGAGGCCCAGGAGGCGGCCCUGAGGGAGAAGAGAGACAAGGAGAGGGCCAAUCAGAUUGAUGAGCAGAGGAGGUACCAGCAGCAGCUAGAAGCUGAGACCAGGGAAAGGGAGCGACAGCAAUGGGAGCAGCAGGAGAGGGAGCACCAGGCUGCGCAGAAGAGGGGCUUUAAACGCAGUCAGUCGGUGGAGAAGGCCAAAGAAGCGGCCUCGGUCAUCUCCCAGCGCUCGAUGAACCCCAGAGAGGUGUUCAGACAGAGGGAGAGGGGCAUUACCCCCAGUGACAGGGAGACGCCCGUCAGUCCACAGCCAGGGAGGUUGAAUAGCCCUUUCCUAUCCAGACAACCCUACCAACCAGAGUCCCCAAGAUCCCCGCAGCGCCAAGCCUCACCUGUCCCCGCGGUGCCUGCGGAGCCCGUCUCCCACACCUACGCGGCAGAGGAGCCGGAGGUGGCCAGUGAAGCCUGCCCCCGCCAAGCCAGCCCCCCUGUAGAGGAGGCCUAUGAGGCCAUUGUAGAUGCAGACACCGUGUAUGAGGAGCUUCCCCAGGAGGAUCACAACUCCUAUGAGUACCUGCCAGAGGACGCCGCAGACCGGGGUAUCUGUGCCAGGGCUCUCUAUGACUACCAGGCAGCCGACGAUACGGAGAUAUCCUUCGAUCCCGAUGAAAUCAUCACGGGCAUCGAGAUGAUCGACGAGGGCUGGUGGCGGGGGUACGGGCCCGACGGGAGCUUCGGAAUGUUCCCCGCCAAUUAUGUGGAGCUGCUCUAAAGAGAAGUCCCACCUCCUCGCUGGAAGGACGUGUGCGGGGUGGGCCGCGCCCUCGCUCAGCGGUGACCGGGAUUACAGCCGGCGGCACGGGGAGGCAGCAGUAAUUCCGAACAAUGGCCUUUACGUUCCAUUUCUGCUCCAUUCCAAAAGGUCUGAUGCAUCACAGUACUGACCAGCUACAAUGAGGACCAGCAAAAUUUCAGAUAUACCCACAGAUGUAGUAUCUGAUACGACUGUGUGUGUGUGUGUGUGUGUGUGUGAUACAUUAAUAAUAUUUAAUGAGGGCCAAGCAGAAUCUGUUCACGUGAUAAAUAUCUGAUGUAAUGUGGGAGUGAAUGUGUUUCUCAGCAUUUGUGUAAAUUUCAGUUGUGAUUCUUUGGUGGAUCCCCGGCCUCGCUCUCGGCUCACGUCCCCGCAGGCCGUGCCGGCGACCUUCACGGCUCGCCGAAGACGCCGAGGGGAUGCGGCCGACGUGAUGGGUAGAGCUUUCCUUGCAAACAACGCGGGCUCACAUGACUUUGUUUUCCCGCUGUGGUUUUGUUCGUUCAAGUUUAAGUGUCAGUAUUUAUUCGUGCGUGCGUCAGUCGUUGGGUUCGCGCAAGUUAAUCUCAGUUUUCUUAACCGUUACCUUGAGCCAAUUGCAGGCUGCAGUUCGCCCUGUCGGGGGCCGAAUGCCGAAAGUGGCUUUUCUGCGGCGCUCGAAAACAAGAGGUCGCGCUCGGAAAAGGCAAGAAACGAGGAAAGGCUCUUCGCUUCGUUUUGCAGUUUAAAAUGACUGGUUCUUUGACAGCGAGCAAGGUGACGGUGAAUUGAAAUGUCUCACACAAGUAUCGUUUUCGUCGUGCGGUUGUCCUGCGGGGGCCACUUCGGCGAGCCCCGGUCCCGUACGGACCCUGCUGUCGGCACCCUCGAAACACACACACGUUGCUACAAUGUGACCUGUUCCUUUUCAGAAGAUGCUGUAAAGCCUGUAAAAAA